GUUUCCUGCAAACGAAAUACCUAAUCUUGUGCUGCCUUGGGAAUGCCGAGUGCUACUGUACCACUAUCAAACAGCUAAUCUCGAGCUGAGGAUCCUCCUGCACGUGAAUCCCAGGUCACGGUGUCAUUGGAAGCCCCGUUGCUGCAAGUAGCUCGUGCAUCGGAGCCAUUAGCUCUACAAACUGUGAUUGGGUCCCCAUUGAGCCUCUGCGGAUUGAGUCAACCUCCCUGCUUUCGAUUGUGCCACCCUCAGAACACAACUGGCACCUUGUACACAGCCGUAAUCAUGCCACCCUCUACAUCAACGAAUUCCGGCAUCACCACAGACGAGGCCAGCGGAGAGCGUCACAUUCCCGAGUCCAUUCGAGCUGACGGAAGCACGCGAAAGGCCAUCAAGAUCCGGCCCGGCUACCAGCCUCCCGAAGAUGUCCAAGUCUACAAGAACCGAACGGCAGAGGCCUUUCGUGAGCGAGGCAAGCGAAUCGGCAUACCCGGCGCCGCUGGAUUGCAAGACGACAAGUCAGAGCAGAGCUCUGCUGCGAGCAAUAAGAAUGCGAAACGGCGAGAGGCUCGAAAGAAGGCCAAGGCUGACGGCGAUGCCAAAGCCGAUACAGCUGCGACUGCGAAAGAUGCCGAAUCCAAGGCGGAAGAGGUUGAUCCUGAAAUCGAGCGCGAGAAGAAGGCUAGAAGUCUUAAGAAGAAACUGAAGCAGGCCAAGGAGCUCAAGAUGAAGAAGGAUGGCGGUGAGGGUCUGUUGCCGGAGCAGAUUGCAAAGGUCAUCAAGAUUAACGAGCUCAUCCGAGAACUGGAUGCCCUUGGGUUCGACGCGGAGGGAGAGCCAAAGACCGAAGCGAAAGACGGUGCGACUGAAAGCGAGAAGAACUGAGUGGUAUCUUGUUUAUUCUGGCAAAAUCCAACUCGGAGGCUCCGUCUCAUCUCCUGGCCGAUAUACACAUACGGUUGAUCAUGUCAUCUUGUGCCACGCCAGUGGUGCUGCUGGGAAUCAUUCAAUCCUGCCCAUCUCGCCAGCCAAGCCAAAGAUGUCUGCUGGCCGGCUAAAGGCACUUUUUGGAAGCAAUCCAGAACAGCAAAGGGUUGGUUUGAUAGACUUUUUUAUCGGCUUCGAGAAUCCUGGCGUGGCGGGGCAUCAAAGGAUCCCUGUACAUCCAUCUAUCCCAGGAAUAGGUAGUUUUGGAGGCAUGGGACGCAUAAGGCUAUGAGGCACGCAGCAUGUAUAUUUAAGAAGUCUCGCAUGUACAACUACAAAUUUGUAAAUAUUACACCAAAUGCACGAUCAAUUGGAACAGCAAUGUAAUUCAAGAGUUUUUCUGCUUCUAUUACGGCGCAGGGUCGCGGGGUGCAAUUGCAU